GGAGUGUAAUCGCUACGUGCCGUUCAGGCUGCAAAUUUUAAUGCUUGUCUUAUUGGUGGGUUGAGGUUACGUGCACACCUGGUAGAUAGACGCUGCCACUUCAGUUUGUUAGUACCCAGUAGACAGGGACAGCGUGCAUCGGCCCAGGUUGUCAACAUUUUAGAAUAUUCCCUGUAACAAUAUAAUAUAUUAUAAGUAAGUACUGCAUAGUUCUUUUGUCGACACUCUUUUGGGUUUCUUUGUUUGUUAUUGGUUCGGUGGGUUUUUUUUCUUGUUUCCGUUUCAUUCAUUAAUGACUUAGAGCAAACUGACUAGGACAAUAAUUGAGACUAGACCUGAUCGACUAAAUGUUGGAGAAGUUCGUGCCUUUAUGAGCACCUGUUUGUCUGAAUAUGUUUUCGAUUGUUAGGGUUUUAAGAUUUUAAUCUGUGUGGGUCAACGUCAGUUGCCGAAACAAGUGCAAUUUCAGCAUCUUGGCGUGUAUCGCCACAAAGGACCUUCUGUCCCUGGCACAGAGGGACAAGAAACGAAUAAACAUCGCUUCUGUCAAAUUUCAUGCUAUUAUAAAGGCGUAUUGGUUUGAAAACGCGUCUCUUCAGAGAGACGAAUUGAACGUCCAAGAGUCUCCCUUAAGAAAAUGACAGGACAAGCCAGCGAUAUGAACUGUUUCCCUGGCACCAGAGAUACGAACAACUUCAAUGCCACUGUAAGUCUCGGCACAGAUGACCCAGAGCAGCCCUGUAAUGACGGCACAACUUAUCUGACCAGGGCGAGGGCGGAGGUUGCAGUCUACGUGCUUAUUGUCGUUAUCCUGCCUAUCAUUUCCGGUUUCGGCAUUGCAGGGAACGUCAUGAGUAUAUGUGUUCUGUUACGUCAUGGCCUGGACAAAAGCUACAACGUCAUGCUGGUGGCUCUAGCUUGCUCAGAUUCCUCUUUUCUCGCUUGUAUGUUCUUUUACAGCUUCGCAGUAACGACGGGAUUUGAAUAUCCGAGGAGGGUCGACUCUUUUUACUUUGUGUUCUUGGAGAUUCUGCGCGUACUCGACUAUGGAGGCGGCUGGGUGUCAUUUUCGAUGCCGUUACUUAUAACCUCCGAACGUCUUUUGGCGGUGUUUUUCCCUCUCAACUUAUCGAGAAUAGUUUCUCCGCUAAAGACUUCCUUAGCGGUGUCCGCUCUCUUCGCAAUUUUUUACACCAUGAUGACGUAUCUAACUGUAAGAGAUGGGCUGAGAUAUGAUAUUGAGGCUUUAUUGGUGAACAGAAGUGACCCGGAAGGAAUGGUCGAAGCGGCUAUUUAUAGAAACACCCUGGACGUAACGGACGCGGUGAGAGAAUUCAGUAAAGUCGUCUACGGACCGUUUCCCAUCUGCUACGUGUUCUUCAGUUGUGUCGUCCUGGCCAUCAAAAUAAAGCUGGCGAUCAUGAAACGGAACAAAAUGACGGGCGGGAACGCGGCCGGUUCGGCGUCGUCUGUCCGGGUGACGACCACCCUCCUGGUGGUGUGCCUGGUCUACACCAUCUGCAGCACGGUGGUGUUCCUCUGCCACUCAGACGUCAUCAAGGACUACUACGCGCGGCGGCAAGACGCCCACAUGAUCACCGUGGUGUUGAACGAGGUCGUCAACUUGUUCUGCGUCAUCAACUGCUCCGUCAACUUCGUCAUCUACGUGGUCAUGAACAAGAACUUCCGAGAUACCUACAUGGACAUGGUGCGGUUCAAAAACUGUUGUCGUUGAUCCUACAAGUAAAAACGGACUUGGCGCAGGCUCGAUU